UCGCGACGCUCGCGGGGACGCUCGCGAAGACGCUCAGGCGGGCGUCAUAUUGUAAACAUUCGCACGUCGCGUCAUGAGCGUCGUCAGCGUCGUCAGCGUCCGUGAGCGUCGUUGACGCUCAAGUUGAGACAAGUUCAACUCCAGCGUCCAAACCGGAAGUGGUCCAGCGUCUACUGGAAGCACGUGAUUCUUGUCGACAAAUCAGCUAUCAAAUCCGGGAGUGAUAUCCCUGAGUGAACUAUGGAAGAGAAGCUUAUCGAAAGUGUACGUAAGUACGGCUGCCUGUGGCAAGUAAAGUCCAGGGAGUAUAAAGACCUGCGUCUGAAGGAGAACUCUUGGAAAGAGGUCUCGGAAGAAACUGGGCUCCCAGCGGCAGACUGCCAGAAAGUAUGGAAACGUCUUCGCGACAAGUUCGUGAGGGAAGAGAAGAAAACUAAAUCAAUGCGUUCUGGAGACUCGGGACCUCCCUACAGCUCAUUGUGGGAGUACUUUGAGGUUCUCAGCUUCCUCCUGGACACCAUAAAACAUCGCCAAACAGUUACCAACUUUAGUGCCCCCCUAGAUGAUGGUUGCGUUCAUGAUGAUGAUGAGGAGGACAAUGAUGAUGAUAGUGAGAGCAUUGUAGCAGUAGACCAGUUUGAACACAACCAAUCAAUGACAACACGUCAGUCUACUCCGUCACCAUCAGUGCCAUUAUCUGGAGGAGUAGUGCAAACACCUAUGGGAGAAAUUCGUUCCAACAGAGGCAAGGGCAAAAAGAGGAAGGUGGAUGCUGAAGCUGUUGAUUUAGCUAUGCUUCAGUUGAUCAACGACCAGAAGAGCAAUCCUACUGAGCCAUCGCUAGAUGAAGAAGGGCUAUUUGGAUUACACAUUGCAGCCAAACUAAGACAGUUGUCCGACCGUGAGAAAGCAAUUGCGGAGAUUAAAAUCGAAGAAAUACUAUUGGAGGCAAAAUUUGGCUACCAAUACCAGCAAAGCAGCCACCAAUACCAGCAUUGAGCAACCACGCAUAUCUGGGCUCUCUUCGUUUAACCAGAUGUUUGAAUUGAAGCAUCUGUAUGGUCCUUUAACCGGCUUUUUUAAAAGCCACAAAAUCAUCAAAGAGAGCUGAUCUAAAGACUGAAGUCUACAUUACCUAGAAGUACAUACACACACACACACACACACACACACACACACACACACACACACACACACACACACACACACACACACACACACACACACACACACACACACACACACACACAGAGGGAGAAAGAGAGAAACAGACACAAAAGCAGAGAGUUGUAUUUUCAACUGAUGCUUGUUCACCCUUCUUAUUAGGUAAAUGGUGCAUUAAUUCAAUCAGAUGCAGGGUGGGCACAUUGAUGUGAUAGGGAACUGAACAUACAGUACAGGUUUCGAUAAUACCAGCAAAAUAGCUGGUGAAAGCCCCAAAACACAUAUCAUGGCUAGUAUUCUGUACGAUGGAUGUGGUGGUACUGCCAUGUCACCUCUCCUUCAGAGGACAUAAAGUAGUCGCGAAUAGUGUCCCUACAUGUAGCUGCAGAUCUACUAUACAUAUUGCUUCCUACAGAGCCUAUCCUGCUCAAUCCAUUAUCACCAUCCACCUCACUUCUCCAGGCUCCUUCAGUGACGUUCCCUGCUCCAUCCUCUGCAUCACUAAAUCCGCGUGGGCAGUAAACUGUUGACUCAGUAGUUCGCAGGUAGUUGUGUAGGGCUAUUGCUGCUUGGGUGAAAAGCACUACGUGAUCUGGAGAAGCAAUUAUCGGCCUCCUAAAGAGACGCCAUCUGGCAGCCAGGAUACCAAAACUGUUCUCAAUGACUCUUCUGGAACGGCUCAAGCGAUAGUUAAACACUGCCUCAGGAUCAGCCAAAUUUCUCCCAGGAUACGGACGAAGCAUAUUGCGCUGAAGUGGAAAAGCUUCGUCUCCCACAAACGCAAAUGGUACCUCAAUGGCGGUACCGGGUAGACUGCUGUUCAAGCUGAAGUCGCCUGAUUCACACUCUGAACGGAUACACGUGGAGUGGAAAGACAGACUACUCAUUGUCUAGCGAUGAAAGUUUUAUCAGGUGAAGAUUUUGCGGUAGGGGA